AUGGGCUCUAACAUGUAUCCUUCUUCGUCGCUGCUAGGAGAAAGCAAAGAUAAUUUUGCUUCUGUUCCCGUCGAUGAUCUUAUAGAGAAUGCAGAUGGUUUUGCUGGUGUCUUUCCUGCUUUGAAGAUAGCAGACAUAGGUAUCGCUAUAGCAGAUGCAACAGAUGCUACAAGAAGUGCCUCUGAUAUAGUUCUAACAGAACCUGGGUUGAGUGUGAUCAUAAGUGCUGUUUUAACUAGCCGUGCAAUUUUCCAAAGAAUGAAAAACUACACAAUAUAUGAUGUAUCUAUCACCAUCCGUAUUGUGGUAAGUUAUAAGUGCAUAUAUGAUAUAUGGAGAAUUUAG